AUACAUAUGUAUGUAGUACAUUAAUCAUAAGCAUCCACUUUAUUUACUUACACUUAUAAACCCGUAAAUAUAUUAAACAAUGAAAUCAAAAUAUUAUAUGGAAUUAGAGAUUCGAUAGAAAUGGCCAUAAUAAAAAACCCUAUUUGAGUCAUUCAUCUUUAUUUAGUAGUUGAGGUUUCAAAAUCAACUUAACGUUGGCAUGAUCAAACAAUCAUGAAUUAAUCCAUUUAAUUGAAAUGUGUUCAAUUCACUUAUCCUAAAUGUGUUUAAUAGAAAGGACUGUUGAAAAUGACCAAUACAAAAUUUUGGGCAAAUUUAUUUUGUCAUUUUCACUCUUUGUUGAAAGCCCAUGCGAGCAUAUCAUACAUUAUAUGUUUUUUCAUCAUAAUCUACCCAUCAUUAGUUAGGGGGGGGGGGGGGGGGGGGGGGGGGGGGCGUCAUCCAUCACGUUCUAACCAUCUACGUUCUAACCAUGAAAAAAUCCAUCCACUACUCAAAAACGUGAUCAAUCAUUAGUUAUGGAAUCACUGUAAGCCAUACGCAAUAUGCAGGUAUUUGAUUGCAGGCACGCAUGCUCAUCCUGUCAUUUAUAAACAAUGAAGAGACGGAAGGAGGGGGGAUCACUAGACACAUUGUGGAAUUACAUAAGAAGUGAAAAUCACAUUGUUACUGGUUAGAAUAGAAAAGCCAAGAGAGAGAUAAAGAGAUGGAGAAUUAAUUGUUAUAGACUUCCCAGAGGCCGAUGGCGGAAGGCAUACAUCCGUCGGUAGUGAGAUGGAAUAGAGUGGGCGGAGAGAGGGAGUUCGGCAUCGUUUCUGUGUUACCAAUUGCGCAACGACAAGGCAUCCGACGGCGUGUCAUGGGUCGUAUAAGAGAAAAAAUGGGAGUUUAAAAAAUUUAAGCGAAAAGACGGUUACACCCUUCUGAUUUAUGUGGGCUGACGAGAGGGAGCUGACGUGUCAAAACAAAGAUCUUGACAUUCGCUUAUAUGUUUGUGUAGAUCCCUAUAAGACUGAAACAAAACACAAAAUAAACAACUAAAACAAAAUCAUAAAGCAGAAGAAACAUUAAUUACUUACCCACUAAAAUUGAAAACAAUUUUACCAACUUAAAAUAUUAAAUCCUUACACUUACCACAAUAAUUAAAUGAAAAAAUUCUCACAUUGACCAUAAAAACCCUCACCUAAUAUAACAACUAAUAAGACACCCCAAAACGACAUUCAAUAUAAAAUUAAAUAAUUAUUUGAUGAGUCCUAACUUGGGUCUCUUUGAUCAUAAUUACGCAGUUCUCAAAAUUGAAGGAUUGAAGUGAAGCUCGAAGAAGAACAGGUAGGUAUUUAGGUGUUUGUGUAUGGAACUUUCGUGCAAUCUUUCAUAAGGAAGAAGGCUCGAGAAGUAUAGAUAGAAGCUAGACCACAAUCAAUGUGUCUAAUUGAUCGAUACAAGCAAUCAUGCAACUUAGAAUUCACUAAGCAACUCAAACAAUUCACGAAACAAAGCUCAAUGAACCAAAACUCAAAGGUUUGUAUUCAAUCAAUCGAAAUCUGCCUUAUAAUGCGAAAGGAAAGGCUUUAAAUAAAACUCAACUAAGCUACCAUCUAUAAAUGACGGCCUAAGUACAAUGGAACUCGGAAUCAACCUCAAAACUAACAAAGAACAGAAAUCCUGGUGCAAUAAGGAAACAAUUUGCUUGGUGCAAGAUAGAAUUUCCAGGCUCCAUACAAUCUUGCACACGUUCGUUCAAACCCUUAUAGGUAUGUUCUUGAUCAUCCAAUUCCUUUAGGUUGCUAAAAAACUCUGGUACUUUCACGUACCAACCCCCUUUUACUUUGACUCUUCCCCUCCAGAUCGAGUAAGCCCUCAAAGUAGGGUACUCGAACAUAGUGCCCGACUUGGCCAAAAUUGGGCAGUUUCUCGGUAGCUUCAUAGCAUCUUCAACAAGUUCGUUAAUGGCCUUAGGAGAUUGUUCUUGUGCAAACCAACCUUCAGAGAUGUAGUUUCAAACUUGCUCUUCAACUUCUAACCUUCCUUUUGCAUUUUCAUUGAACCAUUUGGGAGAUAUGAAUCCCCAAAAUAGGCACCCUGAAACAUGUUUGACACUUAGCCAAAAUUUAUCUCUCUUCUUGCCAACUUGAAUUGCUUCUUUGGCAAUCAAUAGAAACUUGUAUAGUUGGCUACUUGGGAUCAUAUCAGGCCCCUCCCUCUUCAAAAAGUUUUGACCUCAAAACUUGAAGUCUCCUGUGUUCAAAAUCCUCACUGAACGGCUCCCAAACUGGAUCAAAAGCAACAUACUUGCACUUCCCUUUCGUCAGGUUUAGGUCAGGUUCAUCUUUCAUAAAAAAAAUUUGGGAGUUUAAUUUUGGAGGAUCCCCAACCUAAUUCGUUGUUCCCAUGCACUUCGCCAGGCUCCCAAUUCAAGUUCUGAACCAUUCGCCAGUCUCGACUCACCUCCUUCUUUGUCGAAUCUACCAAUCUUCCUUUUCUGCCAUCGUCGGAAUUUAAAAUUUUGUUACCCAGAAUUUCCAAUUCGAUUUUGGGCUUUUCUAAUUGAGGCAUUAUUGAGCUGAAUUGAGUGUUCCUACAACUUCCUGAUAACUUCCUUGAUGAUUCUGCAUCAGCCGAUUGGAUUGAAUCAACCUCAAUCUCUCCAACCAAUUUGGUAAAAUCUUUUCCUGUUUGAUCGUUUCUAGGGGAGUUUUGGCUCGAAUUGGAUUCGACAACUGGACUUGAUUCGGAUCAAUCCAAUCCAGCGAAAUCAUUCCUGGGACUUCCUCGAAUGUGUUGGCUCUCUUGGUUUGUCUCGAAUCAUUCCCCCAAGUCUCCACCCAAUUCACUCUCUCUCCUACUCUGCUCCGGCGAGGGAACACAAAGUUGUACAGCUUGGCGACAAUAGUGUUCUUUCUUCUUCUUGUACGUAGUUAACAUGAAUCGUCGGGUUACAAAAUUGGAUUCCUUGGUUCCUAUGAGUGUAUCCCACUGGAUUCACCCUUUUGCCACAGUCGAUUUGCCUCUAAUUGUCGUUGAUCAGUUCGAGCUUCCGCCAACGACAACUGUUUGAGCAAGAAGUUCUAGUUUCUAAGCUUGAACUUGUAGAAAUUCGUGCCUCCGUAGUGGCAAACCCCUCGAUCAAAAUGCCAGGGACGUCCAAACAAUAGAUGGGCGACUUGCAUUGGUGCAACAUCAAACAGAUCUAUUAAGUUUAGGUACUAAAUUGUCAUUUGUAAAUGAGUAGGGGUACAAAUUCAAAUCCAUAUCUUAAAAACCUAACCUAACUCAGCCCAAAUAAAUGGGUAUGGGUACAAACUCAUCAAACUCGGCCAAUUUACCAUCUAUUUGGAUUUCAUACUCAACCCAAUUAUGUUAGGUAGUAAAAUAUUCAUGGAUAUGAGCAAAGUGGCCAUCCCUAGUCACGGGCAUACUAGUGAGGAUUUGGCCAUGUCUAUGAUUCUACGAAGGAACAUAGGGUCUCCAGACUAAUGCAUGUGCAAGUCAUGGUUGUGAAACUGAUGGUAUUUCGGCUGUUACAAUCGAGUUCAACUAAUAUUUGAUAAAGUUGGUUAGAAGAUCGCUAGUAUGGAAUGGAAGUCAAAACUGGUAAAAAGUGUUCGAAAUCGAAAAAUGUGUGAUAUGACCAAAAUGAUUUUUCCCCCUAAACAAAGUGACAUCAGUUUGGUGGAGUUAACUACAAAAAGAAAGGAAUUUGUCGGAUUUAAAUGUGAAUAUUUAGAUGUUGAUGUUAUUUAUUGAGUUCAAGUAUAGAUUUAAAUGUGAACAUUUAGAUGUUGAUGUUAUUUAUUGAGUUCACGUAGGAUGUUGAAUUAUAUAAAUGCACAAUUAAUUUGGUCAUUUGCUUAACACUUUCUUUUUUGUUUUCCUUGAAGCUCAUGCCUAAUGGUCCUCAGUUCAUGGCGUGACGUGAGGUUGUCACAACCAUGAACGACAAAAGGCAACUAGAUGACUAGAGCCUUCAAUAUCAUCGGCAGAAAGGCGGUACUGGCCGACGGCGGCGUGAUGAUGGCGGGAGUAUCUAUCGACAAAAUCCGUGCUGCUCGAGCGUCGUCCAGGGUGGUAAAUGUUUUUGCUGUGAAACUGAUGGGACUUGACUAUAAGCCUAGACUUGUUGUGAAGAACCUCAGGGGCGAGGAGCAGGAGCUGGAUAGUGUAUCCGAACUUUUCGAGACAUCGUCGAACGAUGUGUUCUUCGAGAAUGUUGUGGUUGUUCCUGUUGGAAACGACGAGGAUGAUGAUGAGGAGGAGGAGAAGUCCAGUGUGUUUUUGCAUGUUUGUGUGGUAUAGAGUUUGCAGAGAUCACCACCAAGAACUUGAUUUGUUCAAGGCUUGCAAGUUCAGAUUGGUCGACAAUGGUGACUGCAUAAUACUCUCUCUUAUUCUGACUUGCGUAAUGGUGUUUUCGGGGAGAGGAAGUCAUGUUUAUGGCUUGUUAUUUAUUAGGGGUAUCAUAGAUGGACACACUAUUCAUGUUUCUGGGUUGUUCUGCAAUUUCUUUUUAGUAACUAAUUAAAGAGUAUUUUCUUCAAUCCCACUGUUACGAAAAAUCCCUCGACGACCACCUUCUAUGGAUUUGGUGAGGGAUUUGGAUCAAUCAUGGAUUUUGUCCAAAAUCCAUUGUUUGCUUGAUGCAUUUAGGGACCACAAAUUCGUGGGCCCCACGAACUUUAAACGUCCAAAUCCGUGAACCCCAACGACUUGAAAGUUCCACCUAUUUAGGUGGGAAUUGAUCAUGGACUUUGAAGUCUAUCAUUUGAGACCAAACUACCCCUUCUAUUUCAUUUCUCUUCUCAUACCAAUGAGGGCACUAAAAGUAAAUUUCACUUCAUACAUAAGAAUCUAAUUAACCAAUUCCAUCAUGAAAUCUAUGAAACAAACAAUGGUAUUUUUCAAGUCCAUGAUGAACUCAAAACCCUCAUAUAUCCAUGGUUUUGCAAAAUCCAAGUUUUACCAGAACAUUCAUUUUUCAAAUUCACGAAAAAAACGAGCCCUAAGUGUUAAUGAUAAUCCCGAAGUUUUGAUGAAGCUACUACAUAUGAAGUUCGGUGACGUUACCUUACCUUCAUGGAGUGUUACCUCAUGGAUGCAUAAAUCUGGAUUGUAAAUGAAUCUUCAAAAGAAAAAUAAAAUCCCAUGUAACCAACGUCACAAGUUGGGUUAUAUAAGGUUAAAAAAAAAAAGAGAUUGAUUGCUUUGAUAAUGAUGCGUUUUUUACUUGCUCGAAACUCCACCACUAGAUUGUCAAUUACUUUAGCAUCAACUCACAGACUACUUAUCCAAUUGAAUGGUUGUCAAGACAACAUUCUUAAAUGAUUAUUUAGAUGAAAGAAAUUUCAAGGAUUAUUUUGUCGACAGAGCGACAUACUAGUACUAGAAGCGAUUAGCAGACUCGAGGAUAGAAUGACGACCAAAAUAGCGUUAUUAGGCGUCAUUUUUCCAACUAUUGCCCUCCCCUUAUCAGUUCUCUUCACAUGUAUAGCCUCCAUCAAUGAAAGAAGACAAUCUCCAUUAUCAUCAAUCAUGCCUAGAUGUUUGAAUAUUUUCCAUCGUAUAACUCUUGUCAAAUAACUCGAGAAAAUGAGCUCGUGAAAGCUUAGGAAUUCUCUAUUUAUAUAAGUUACAAAACAAUGUAUCUACCCUGAAUUAAAGCUAAAAAUCAUCUCCUAUCAAAUAAGGAAUUCAAAUAUCAAAAUGGAAAGGAAAUAAAGCAAUAAUUUACCAAGAAUCCUCCCAAAAGCAAUGACUUAGUCCUCGAGUAAUUCAUUUCUUCCUUCUGCCGAGUUGGGCCCUUCCUAUUGGACUCCAAUGAAUGGUUUUGGAUCACUCUGGAGGAUCACAUCAGCACUGAAAGGUGUAAAUCGUGUAUGGAAAAUCCAUCAAAAUUCUAAUACAAAAUUUAUGACAUAGAUAACUCAUGCUCAAAAUAAUAAUAUUACACCUCACACACAAACUGUGAAAUCGAAAAUCACAUACACCAAAUAGUUAAGAAAAUGAAUACAUUUCCCACACUUUUAUCUUGAAAGUGAUAAUAAUGAUAUUUUCUAUUGUUUAUAAUACCAUGCGUUAAUGUUGAUAAUAUAUGAUUAAUUGAUAAAAAUUUAUCUAAAAAUAUUGAUAAUACCUUGAAGCAAUGUUACCAUGUGUUAUUGCAUCAUUGUAGUGAUGAUUAACCUUAUAUAGUUAAUUUCCUUUUGAACGGUUUACCAAAACGGUAUUAAUUAUAUGUUAUCAUUUUCCAAAGUAAAUUAUUCUUGGUUAUCAAUAACCAAUAAAUAAACUAUUCACAU